UUUCUCUUGAGUAUUCAGCACUUUUAAUAGCUAUAGGUGUACCCCGAAUGUAAGAUCCAUAUUGGCGACGUGCAACUACCGUGAUUUUUUCCUUUUUCUCUGUUUCUUUUUGGAGGUACGGGUGUUGUGGUUCGUGUCGUGGCUAAUAUGGGAAAGCCUUUUCAUUUGGUGUACGAUAACAUCAGUGAAAAAAACGUGAUGUAGAUUGAUGCUGUCUUUUCAGAUAGAUUCAUCAAUUGUUUGUUAUACGGUAAGGUAAGAUGGUUAAGGAUACCAAGUAUUAUGAUAUUUUAGGGGUAGAACCAACUGCCACUGAAGCAGAGUUGAAAAAAGCUUAUAGAAAGCAAGCAAUUAGAUUGCAUCCCGAUAAAAAUGGGAAUGAUCCUGAAGCAGCCGCUAAAUUUCAAGAAUUAGGUGAAGCUUAUGGGGUAUUACAAAAUAAAGAAUCAAGACAAUUAUAUGAUGAGGUUGGAUUGGAAGAUUUAAAGAAUCAUUCUAUGGGAGCAGAAGCCACCGAUAUUGAUCCAAGUGAAUUUUUCAGAAUGAUUUUUGGAGGUGAUAGUUUUAAAGAUUGGAUUGGUGAAUUAACCAUGUUAUCUGAAUUAAGUAAAACUGCAGAGAUUUUGGAUAAAGGAGAUGAAGAGAAUGAAAACAUUGAUCAAGAAGUUAAACAAGAACAAGUUUCUGGAAGUAAGAGUGAAGGUAAGAGUGAAAUGCAAGUAGGUGAAGGUAAAACAAAUGAAGAAUUAGCAGCAGAAGCUAAGAAGAAAAAACAAAAAAUUACUCAAGAACAAAGAGAAGAAAUAUAUAGAUUACAUGAAGAACAAAAGAAAGCAAAAGAAGAAAGAGUUAAUGAAUUAUCAACUCUUUUAUUACAACGUAUUGAAAAAUAUCAAAGCGUUAUUGGAAAUGACGAAAGCUUCCAACAAUUUCAAAAGAAAUUAAAUCAAGAAUUUGAAGACUUGAAAAUUGAAAGCUUUGGUAUUCAAUUAUUACAUUUGAUUGGUAAGAUUUAUAAUGAUCAGUCAACUGCCACAAUUCAAGCUUGUAAAACUUUUGGUGUUCUGAAAUUAUAUACUAGUGUUAAACUGAAAACAAGUAGAAUGAAAAGUGGGUUUUCGAUUUUGAAAACUGCAAUUGAUGCUCAGGUAACUGCUCAAGAAAUGGCUAAAGAACAAGAGCUUUUGGAAGCUUCUGGUACUGAGCUAACUGAUGAAGAAAGAUAUAGACAUGCUGAAUUAGAAAAAUUAAUUACCGGUAAAUUAUUAGCAACUGCUUGGGCUUCUACUAAAUUUGAAGUUAUUGGUAUUUUGAAUAAAGUUUGUAAUAAAUUGUUGAAUGAUAAGACUUUAUCGAAAAAGGACAGAAUCAAAAGAGCCGAAGCGGUUCAGUUCAUUGGUAAGCAAAUGUUAUUAGUUGAAAGAUCGCCCGAUGAAGAUGAAGAUGCUAGAAUUUUUGAAGAAAUGAUGGCUGAUGCUACUGCUAAAAAAUCUAAAAAGAAAGGUAAAAACGUCGGCUUAAGUGAUCAAGAUCUCGAGGCUUAUAUGAGAAACUUAGCCGAAGAAGACGCUGAAGAAGAGACUAAAGAAACUAAGGAAACUAAAUCUUAG